CAUAUACUCACACUCAUUAUGACCUCUCUUCGCAGACCCUCAGCCGCCGUCAGAGCACCUCCCCCUCCUCAAGGGAGUAGGCCUCCAGCUGACAAUGACCGUCGCAGAGAUGCUCGCAAGUCCAAAGUGGGCGAUGCUAUAAAAAAGCGUCUAUCCAUGCGCUAUGUCCCGGGUGAUCAGCUCUUUACACCUCCCCCGCCACUUCCAGGUCAGGGCGGUGACUUCCUCUCCACUGACCCCUAUCAGCGUCACGUCCUUCAGGUCGAUCGCCCAUCGCCCGGUUUGGGUGACGGAGAUGAUCUCGAAGAAACUGGUGAAUCCAAGUUUGGGUUGUUUGGAUCGGCAGACUUUGCUCAGAGGGGAUUUGGAAGUGGUCCGACCACUGUGCAAGAUGAACAAAUUCGCCGACGCGGAGCCACAGAUCAAGGAAUGCUGGAAGAGUGGAACUUGGAUGAACUUGAGAAAGAGGGUAUGGAUCUGAAUGGCUUUCUCCGGCGCACCCUGGCAGGGGCGGAUGAUGAUGAGAAGAAGAGGUUCGUGGCUGCUCUCAUGAAGAAGAAGGAAGGCAGCGCGAAAGAACUGCAGAGGAAUGUUUUCAAAAAUUAUGCCGAGUUUGUUACCAUCUCAAAAGAGAUCUCGACACUGGAGAAUGACAUGCUCGAGUUGAAAGAAUUACUGGCACAAUGGAAAGAUCUGCCUCAGUUGAUGGGAAUGGAAUCGACAUUAGCGCCUACUCUGGACAAGAACGGAAAUCUGGAGAGGCGUCGAACACAACGCAAUUCGGUCGCCGAUCUUCAACAAUUAUACAAGUCACAAAUUACUAAUCUGUGGUCAACCGUCGAAGGGUCGCAGAAAUAUCUUCCCAUUGUACCCGGUAGACAUCUUGUCUUUGAGACACACAAUUUUGUCGAGCUCAACGCGGCGACGUACAAAGCUAAACAGAGUGUCAGCCUGUUUCUUCUGAGCGAUCUGUUAUUGAUCGCUGGAAGACGGCGACUGAAAGCUGCUGCGACGAUGGGGAUAGAUGACAAGGAGAGAGACAGAGGUAGAAUGGUGGCCGAAAGAUGUUGGGUGCUGGCGGAUCUGGUGGUAGUCGAUGUCAAGGACAGCGGUGAUCUGACGAAUGCUCUCAAAAUCAAGCGCAGCAAAGAAGUCUGCAUUUAUCGUACAUCUCGCCCUGAAGACAAGAAAGCCCUCCUUGCCGCCUUCCGUCAAGUCUCCCAAGAGCUGAGCGAAAAAAAGCGCAAAGACAAUGAGAAGGAGCAAGAGCGACGCAAGUCAAUCUGGCUUGGGGACUCUGCGGCAGGAGCUAACACCUCUUCCGGCUCACUCGCUACCCUUCUCUCUCCCACGCGCCCUCUGUCGACCAUAGGGCUCUCGAUGGCAGACUCCAAAGAUCUUAACUGGGUGGACGAGUAUGGGGAUGAUUUGACCAUGGCUAUCGCCACUCGCGAUUGGCCUGAAGCCCUCAAAUUGGUUGAUAAGGGCAACGAUCUCCUCCGGACGUUCGCUGGUAACGCAGCGGCGGUUCAACUUCUCAAAUCCCGGAUCGACCAGCUCAAACCGAAUUUGAUCACCCAAAUAGUUCAUGACCUCUCGGAUCCAGAGAUCAGAAAGGCCGCUACGGUCAAACUGGUGUCGUAUCUCACCAAGCUUGACAGAAAUGAUCUGGCCCGGGACACGUUUUUGAAAGCUAGGAGGGAUGUCAUGCUCAAACGGGUGAGAGGGAUCAAAUGCGAGGGGGACAUCAGUGUGUAUAUCAGCGAGUUGGCGGUCGUUUGCUUUACUAUCGUGAGACACACGAGUGAAUGGUAUCGUGCAGCGUUUGAGGAUAACAGAAUGGCUUCUGGGUUUGUCACUUGGGCCAAAGCGCAGAUCGAGACGUUUGCCGACAUGUUUCGUCGUCAAGUCUACGCUCCGACCAUUGACGGUAAUGUAGCGGAAGAGUGUCUCAAGGUAACCGCGUCCCAUAAUCGGAAGCUGUUACGCGACGUCGGUCUCGACUUCACCUUCCUUCUCUCCACCCUUCUUCAACCAAACCCCGCAGAUACGAACCCCGAAAUACCCUCCUUCAACCUGCCUGACUUUUCCGACUUUGUGGAUACUCCUACGGUAGGGUAUCAAGUCCAGCCUUCACCUUUCAUCAGCACGUUCGACACAUCAAUCCUUCGAUUUCACCAGACUCAGGGACGAGACACCGAGCCUUUAGUUGGAAAUACAGCUCCACUCAGUAUACGUAGUCCGAGGAAAGUCAGGGAAGGACUUUUGACAGCCGAUGAACGUCCUAGCAGUCCCACGCCGCCUCCAAGGAGCGCAAGGAGGAGUCCAUUGCCCCAGGGUGGACGAGAUGAAUUAAGAUGAGUCAACAAGUCUCCAUACAUAUGAGUAUAGCAUCAAAAUGACAUGUGAUGAAUGCAUCAUGUUUCUGGAAUUG